UCUCCAUCUCUCUCACACAUUAUUUCUUCCUCGCACCGUUUCCUUGGAGGUCCUUCUCGGCUCAUGCAUCUCGCUCUCCUACUCUCCCUUUCUCUGCGAUUUUGCAGCACCUUUAGGUGCUUUUGAUCUACUCGCUGGCUACUCCGGAAUGCUUCGUCGAGGGUAGUUGAAACUUCAGUUUGCAACUCUAGCAACACAAUGAAAAUGAUCCAUCUGUCUGCUAUAGUUCCCGGCUCUUCACAAUAGUUAUUUGCCAUCCACCUGACAUCUCAAGAUCUAUACAGCAGAUUUAAGACUGAUGGGGUCAAGGUUUCAAUCGCACCAGCUCAGCAAUGGCCUUUACGUUUCAGGCCGGCCUGAGCAACCCAAGGAGAAGCCUCCUACAAUUUGCUCCACAGCCAUGCCAUACACUGGCGGUGAUAUAAAAAAAUCUGGUGAACUUGGAAAGAUGUUUGAGCUUCAUGUUGAGAAGUCCAGAAAAUCUGCUCCUCUUAAUAAUGCUCCUUCAAGAAAUAGAUCAUUCGGAGGCACUGCUUCCAACUCAGGGCCCAUUAUGCCUAAUGCUUCUGGUCAGGCAAGCUAUACAAGUUCUCUUUCUCAUGCAGCUCAGGGUUCGGGUUCUUCACUUGUCACUGGUGGUUCUGGUAGACAAAAAUCCAAUUCUGGACCACUUAAACAUGGAGAUUCAGUUAAAAAAUCAUCUGGGCCUCAAUCUGGAUCUGGCAUCCAAACAUCUCGCCAAAAUUCUGGUUCUAUUCCAGUAGUACUUCCAACUACAGGUCUCAUAACUUCUGGUCCAAUUUCAUCUGGGCCACUUAACUCAUCUGGCGCCCCCCGGAAAAUAUCAGGCCCUCAGGAAUCUACUAAAUCAAUGAAACUAAAUAGUGCCUCCAUAGUCCAUAAUCAAGCUGUCACCAAUCUCAGUCAGGAGAAUAACUAUUUGUUCAAGGGAAGCUUGCCUAAGCCCAUCCUUUGGUCUGUGAUUUUGUUGUUUGUGAUGGGUUUUAUUGCAGGUGGCUUCAUUCUUGGUGCUGUUCACAAUCCAGUUCUUCUUCUUGUUGUUGUAGCUAUAUUUGGUGUUGUUGUCAUGCUUUCCUUUUGGAACGCUUGUGUUGGAAGAAGAGCUGUCUUGGCAUUCAUUGCCCAGUACCCUGAUGCAGAUUUGAGAAAUGCAAAAGAUGGCCAAUAUGUGAAGGUCUCUGGGGUUGUCACGUGUGGAAACUUUCCUCUUGAGUCGUCAUACCAUAAGGCCCUUAGAUGUGUGUACACAUCCACUGGCCUGUACGAAUACAAGGGCUGGGAUGCAAAGAAUGGCAAUUCUGAACAUCGACGUUUUACUUGGGGAUUGAGAUCAAUGGAGAGGCAUGUGGUUGACUUUUACAUAUCAGAUUUUCAAUCUGGCUUAAGAGCUCUCGUUAAAGCUGGUUAUGGUUCUCAAGUGACUCCAUACGUCGAUGAGUCUGUUGUUGUUGAGAUCAACCCAAACAACAAGGAGUUGUCUCCUGAAUUCCUUAGGUGGUUGCAAGAGAGGAACCUUUCCUAUGACGAUCACGUCAUGCGCCUGAAAGAAGGUUAUGUUAAAGAGGGCAGUACUGUAAGUAUAAUGGGGGUCGUUCGAAAGAACGAAAAUGUCCUGAUGAUAGUUCCUCCCCCCGAGCCCUUUUCCACGGGGUGUCAAUGGACCAAGUGCGUACUUCCAGCGAACCUCGAUGGACUAAUAUUAAGAUGUGAAGACACCUCCAAUGUCGAUGUCAUACCAGUUUAACCGACGCAAUUGCAGCCAAAUACAUUGGUUAUUAUCUCUGCCAUUGAUAAAUUCGUUUGUCAGUUGUUUGAAAUGAUUGUUGUUGUUCAUUCUAAAGAAGCGUCUUGAUUCCUCAUUCUGUAUAGCUUUGUGUUCGCUCUUUUGUUCAUCAAGUGGGAUGAUUUUGCAAGAACAUUAUGUUUGUAGUAAUUAUCAUAUAGUUGCUUAGUGCUCAGUUAACUA